GCACUCCCUUCAUAUGAGCUCAGCAAUGUGAAUACAUUCACCUCGUCAGGAUCCUAGCCAAUUUGUCUCCGCGGAUCAAGUCUUUUUACUCAGCUAUCACCCAUCCCACCCCUCCACUAAAGCCAUCAUCAUGUCGACCUCCACACCCAACAAACCUCCAGAGCCUUCUACGGAUAGACUCCAACGAAUGGCGGCAGAUUACGAUUCCUUUGUCAAUACUGUCACUCUAGCCACCUUGUUUGUGGCCCCCGCUCUCAUCGCUCUACCUCCACGCAAGCUGGACUUCUAUACCUUUUCUCUCGCUAGCGUUUGGAUCCUGUCUGCGAAUUACCGUGGUACAUUCUCUGGCUUAAAGCCUUCCUUCCUCGGCAUGCCCGCCAAAGCUCGGGAGAUACAGGAGCAACAACGCAUGAUGGCGCAAGCGCGGGAACAAAAGCGAUUGCUAGAGGAGUCAGGCUAUGCUGCCGACACCAAAAGUAAGAAAGGCACUUUAUUGGGGGAGAAAGCCAAAGAGAUCUGGAUGGGUGGCGAGACAGAGGGAUGGAAGGAGCGCAGACUGAAAGAAGAGCAAGAGAAGAUUGAUCAAGGUGAAGGUUAUGGGUCCAUGAUCAUGGAUCAGAUUUGGGAUGUAUGGAACCAGGGUAAGAAGUAUGACGAGGAGACCGGAAAAGAGAUUGAGAAGAAGCCUUGAGAUGAAUAACAGACAGGUUCUCUCUUUGCGCCGGCUUCAGCGUGCUUCUUCCCUGUUCCGGCCUUUCCAUUCAGUUCCGUCCUCACCAAAACCCCACUGUUUGCCUUGACAACUUGGACUAUUCGGCUCGGUCCAGUUGAACGUGAGACUUGGUUCCUCAAAAUGCUCCCUGCAAGGCAUAGCGUUUUGCAUCAGCCUCGACCUGAAAAUCUCGAACCUUGAUGCCAUGUCUCAACAAUUCAGCCCUAGCGUUCUCGCUUUCCAUCGUCACUGAGUUGGUCAUUGAAGACGGCUGGUUGAUGAUGACCGGUGCUGGCAAACUUGAAGAUGAGGAGGUGGCAGAACCGGUCCUUGGUUGAUUACGAGCUUGUCCUGGAUGGGAUUUGGUGCUUCGCCGGCUUCUGUCUCGCGAUUUCGACAUAUUCAGAUCGGCACGUCGAGCUGCUGUGGAGCCUUCUGAGGUAGACCAGCAAGAAAAGUUACACUUGAAUCUGUGGGGCAUUUCUCUAUAGGGAUGGUUGCAAAACUAGACCUUCGCCGCCGCGAAUAGGACAAUCCGUGUGCGCUGCAGAAUUGGCCGAGAUGAUGACCUUCGGUGGUCUGCGACAAGGAGAGAUGAUAUGCGAGACGUUGUUGCGAAGACCAAGUGUAUUUCACAAGAUCUAUCGUGGAAUCCAAGAAGAGGCGAGUUUGAGGAGACGCGCAGACGUUCCGAACAAAAGCUACCACGAAUCGCCGAUCUCAAAGACCCGACGAAAUGAGAUUUCUUUGGUUUGAAACGAAAAGAUGGCACACCUUAUAUGUAUCUCAUUGAAGGCUCGACAGAUUACAUCCAGUUGAUAUGUUGUGUACUGGCACUGCAAAGUUACACAGACUGGAGAGGGCGGGAAAUUGGGCUCUAAUAGUCAUGGCACUGUGUCACAAUCAGUGACAUGUGCGGCAUAUUCCACAGCAGAGAUCAGUCGCAUUACACAAAGGCGCAAUCAGGUCUGGUGUGAAUGGUGACUGGCAGUGAGGUGUUGGAGAACACAGAGCCUUGAUUUUGUAUACCGGGUUUUGGACCGUGAGAUUGGAGGGCUUUGAUCUAGGGCCAUACCCCGUCCAUACCUCGAUAUCUAGUGGAUCAAGUUACAACAAGGCUGAGGGCUUUUUGAUGGUAUCUGAUCCGACCGCUUCUGAUCCAUACAAUAUGCCACUCGUGUCAUUACUUCAUUUCACUCAUAUCAUGGGGCCUGCCUUGACCGACUAGCAGGCAGUCAUCUGGUGUAGCUGCACAAUAAUACAAUCUCCCCUCAACCUCAAUCAAACCGGAAAAAGU